GUUGCAUGUCCGUAUACGGUUGGUAUGGGCACCAAAUGGAUCGACUAAUGAAGCUUGCCAGUCCAGGGACGCAUAUUGUGCACGCAUACUUCAGUCUUGCUUUCGGUCUGGCCGCAGUUUUUGGACUAUGUAUAGCGGGGAAUUUCCAGGAAUCUUCUUUGUUUUCGGUACACCUCACUGGUGCUUUCAUGAUCUUUGGCUGCAGCAGCGUGUACAUAACUUUGUGCAGUCAUGCUAGCCGGAAACACUUAUAUUCACCGCGUUGGCUGUGGAUUUUGCGCGCAGUGUUGGCAGCUAUCUGUGUGAUGUCGUUUGUUUCAAUGAUUGCGUUCAUCACAUUGUGUAGUGGGAUAAGAAAAUUGCCUCCGAAAAAGUGGAAUCUCAACGAUGACCGCUACGUUUACCACGCGCUGAGUGUUACCUUCGAAUGGUUAAUGACGUUCGCAAUCCUAGGCCACUUCCUCACUAUGGCCUACGAAUUGCAAGACUACAAAUUGAGUCCAUUAAGAGUACGAUAUAGAUACGUCCCCACCACCUUGGAAACAUGACAUUGGAUCCAGCGAUUGGUCAUUCUCACUGUUGUUUUCGUGCUCCCUUUUUAAACUACUUUAUGCGGAUGUCAAGCAUAAUCCU